AGGGGGGACGGGACAGGGAGAGGAGCAGACAGGCAGACGGGCUGAUCCACCCAAAAACACUGUCACAGUAAAAGUUUUACAGAGAAGAAAUGGGGCAGAAAGAAAAGAAGGAGGGCAAGAAGAGGAGAGAUGAGAGCCCGGCGCCGGACGACAUCAAAAAGUGCAGAUUCUGUCGCUUCCCUCUGCUCGUCGCCCUGCUCCAGCUGCUGCUGGGGGUGUCCGUGGCAGCCGUGGCGUUCCUCAUGCUGGCCAUCAGCCCCUCGCUCCUGGCCAGGGAGACCCCACACUGGGCUGGGAUCAUUCUGUGUUUAGUUUCUAUCGUCGGCUUCAUCCUGUACUGCACCACCUACCUGCCCGAUGAGAGGACGUCCAUGCAGUUCAUCGGCAAGCUCCUGUACUUCAUCCUGUGCACAAUUGGCCUGGUCAUCUCCGUGCUGGUCGUGGCGUUCGCCGGACACCACUACACUCAGACCAGCAGCCUCAGCUGCGAGCGGGACGGGGAGGACUGCGCGUGCAAACUGGACCCGAGUGACCCCGUCGCCCGCACCUUCACCUACGAGGGAGUGAGCGACUGCGGGGAGAUCACAGAGACCCUCACGCUCUACUUCCUGAUACAGAUCGUGCUGAAUCUGGUCCAGGCCCUGGUCUGCGCCGCGGGAGCCUUCAUCAUGUGGAAGCACCGGUACCAGGUCUUCUUCGCUGGCCUUCAGAUCGGCUCGCCCUCCUCCCAGCAGUGGCAGAAGGUUUAACUGUGGUGAUGAUGACAGAGUUGAUUGGAUGAGUCCGAUCAGACAGAUCAGGACAGAGGAGGAGAGCCAACUGUGUGAUUACACUCUGAAGGACGGGGACGUUUGCCUUUUUUUAGUGCGUGUGCCUCAAGUGUGUUUUCUUUGGUAUCACUUUGUAUAAACCUUUAAAGGCUCUUUGCACACAUUUUAUACAAUAACUCUGAUGAGUUCUACUUCCAACAGCUGGUGGUAUAAAAACAGUCAUCAAUGAAAAGAAGGGUCAGACAGCAAAAGGCUCACAGUAUUUGAAUUUCUUUUCUGGAGGCCCACUGAAUCACCGUGUUGUUGAAACAUGAUGUGCAAAUGUUAAACUGACUCUACUUUUACGGCAACAGGCUAAUUUUAAAAAUCCACUACACAUCCUCCACUUUUAAUAUUUUGAAAAAUUGUCACAUCUUACUUCAGUGCUCUACUUUCUUCACAUAUUUAGAUUUUAUUUAAAAGCUUUAUAUGUGAUUUUUUGAUCCAGCAGAUGUCGCCCUUGAGCACCAGCAUGAAACCAAAACAACUGGCGCUGCAUUGUUGUGUUAGCAUGCUAAUGCUAGCGAUCUUUAUUCUGCUCGUAUCUUCACACUGCAUGUAAAUUUACCUGAAAUGAGCGUGAUCUAGAAACACAGUUAAGCAGUGAGUACAGUAUGUUAUUCUUCUUUUCUCUAGUCCCUCAAUUAAACAACUUUUAUACGUGAGGGGAGGAGUCAGCCGGCCGUCCGGGCGAUGUAAACAAAGUGAAGAUAGGACUCUGAAAACUCUGAAAACAUCACAGACAGUGGGACUCGGGUGUUACACCCAUUGUAGACAGUCAUGACUCACAGAGUUAUUUUCAGAGGAGAUACUUGAUAUAUAUUUAAAUGUGAAACAUCACAUAUAAAGACUUUAAUAUUUUAAAUUAGCGCGCUUUAAAAAAAUAAAAUUAAAAGGUGGAUUCAUUAUUUGAAGAACUUUUUGUUUUCUUUGUUCCUUUUCAGACUUGUGCAGCUCUGUAAAUCUUGCAGAAUUGAUCAAAACAAUAGCUAAGUACUCUCCAGCUGUCGCCCCUGUAUGAGUGUAUUUAAUACUCUUCAAAGAGGAUUCUGACAGAAGCUGCACUAUUUGCUUCUUCACGAGAUGAGACUGAGUCGGGCUGUGGUCUGUGUGAAGGUGGAUGCCAGGCCAGUUAGCCAGCAUGACUCAAGCAGCCUGUAGGAGUCAAACUACUGCAACCACAAAGGGAGGGGUGAGGAGGGGGGGUUGGGUGAGAAAAGGGGGACUCAGACAGGCAGCUGGACUGAGGAAACAAAAUCAUCCUACUGUUUACAACCAAUCAGUUUGCAGCAAAAAUAAAGAAAAAAGCAAAACAAUUAAGGGCUUUAUUUUGAAAACCGUUGCCUUAUGCCGUGGUUCAGCAUCCUUUUAUUCCUCCUCUCAUGUUGCAGGAGUCACUUACAGUAACAUAUAAAUACAUGCUGAGCAGGGAACAAACAUCUGCUCACAGGGAGAACCUAACAAUGUAAUGUUACAUCUUUUUUCUUGUCCAUGAUGAAAAAAAGUUAUUCUUGGUUGAUCAAACAUCAUGAUUUAUGUUUCACACACUCCUUAAAGGUGAUGUAUGAGAAAGGAGUGGUCAGAUUGUAUUUUAAAAAAAAGAAAGUUUAGAAUAAGUGCAUUACUCCUUUGAGUGAUCUUUUUUUGUUUGUGGUUACAAAUACAAAAAGUCUUUGUUUCAGUUA